GUCUUAGAUCUUCUGGAGAAUGGCAAAGUCAAGGUCGACUGCUGUGACCAACAGGGACGUACAGCCCUCGAGAUGGCCGUCACCGGAGAUGACGUUGAUGUCGUCUGCUACUUGUUGGAAAGAUCGUCCGCUCGGCACAUUCACAAGGUGCGUCCAAGCCAGUGUCAAUGUCAGUGAGUUGACACGGUGUCAAUGUCAGUGAGAGAACACGGUGUCAAUGCCAGUGAGGUGGCACGGUGUCAAUGUCAGUGAGAGAACACGGUGUCAAUGUCAGUGAGAGAACACGGUGUCCCUGCUCCUAAAAUUGCUUCAGUGACGACUCUACAUGUAAUAGUUUUAAAUACACCCGUUGAAUGGGUCAUCAAACAAGUUUGAAAAAAAUAUUAAGUAGAAAAAAACAAUCAAACUUCAUAGUUUCAUUGAAUCAUCGUUAAAGCCCUUCAGAUACUGGGAAAUGAAAUCGUUUCCUUUGCUUUUGUUGUCAACCUAAGGCAAUCUAUCCUUGCAGGCCAAAUUAUCUAAAUAGAAACUAAAGAAGAAGAAGAAGAAAAAAAAAUACUUUUUUUUUAAACCGAUCCUUGUUCGUCUCAAGUUAUCCAUUAUUUUAAAAUAUUUUUUUUUAAAUUAAGUAACUUAAAUGAAACAAAUUAAUUAAAAAAUUUAAUUAAUUUUAAAAAAAAUAAUUAAAAAUAAUAAUAAUAAUAAUAAAGUAAAAAAAUAAGAAAAUAUCUUUAAAAGGCAAAAAGAGGUCGGGUGUUAAUUCAAAGAGAAACAAACCCAGAUCUUUGAGAUUAGAAACAGAGAGCUUGCGUCAGAGACAAAUUGGGUCAGGCCUUGAGCCGUAGGCAGGCACUGGAAUCUGUUAACUCUUUAUCUCUCUCUCUCUCUCUCCCUCCCUCUACCUCUCUCUUUCAACACACACAUCUUUUAGCACCGUCUCAACCACAAAACAUCAUCUUCAACACCUCUCCACGUCCUGCUACUCCUCCAAUAGCCCCCCCCCUCUUCCCUCCUAACACCAUUUUCCGCAGGGAUGCGCCGCUGAUCACUAUAUUAGUUUGUCAAUGUAUUCCAGGAGGCCAACGUCAUUGAUCGUUGAUCUGGAAACGUAAAGAUUUCAAUGACCACACAUUUCUUUAAUUUGUUUAAUUUUAAUUUUUUCCGGGGUGAAUUCACGACGACUCCAUGAGGCCAAGGCUUGAUGACUCCGUGGCUCUACGACUCCAUCACUCCACGACCCCAUGACUCUAUGACUCUACGACUCCCCCAUCUUGGCUAUUAUUUACUCAGGUUUUAAAUCAUUACAUGAAUACGUCAUCUCUUCCAUACACCCCCACCCCGUUCUCUCCCCCCCCCUCCCAGGCCCUCUUGGCGGCAGCCGAUAAUGACAUGGAGAGAAUCUGCGAGCUGAUCCUUGACCACCCUCUCUACAGGGAGAGUGUCAGGAGGGAGACGGAGAGGCAGGCUGCGGAGUUAGUGGGAGAGGAGGGAGUCGCCUUCCUGGAGGAUGUCAACACAGAGUCGAAAUUUUCUCACGCUAAUCUCAGUAAAUUAUUGCUUGAGGUAAUGUAAACAAAUAGUUACUUGGGUGGGGGUAAUGUUAACAAAUAAGUAAGUGGAUGGGGGUAAUGUUAACAAAUAUUUACUUGGGUGGGGGUAAUGUUACCAAAUAAAUAAGUGGAUGGGGGUAAUGUUAACAAAUAUUUACUUGGGUGGGGGUAAUGUUAACAAAAAGGUAAUGUAAACAAAUAGUUACUUGGGUGGGGGUAAUGUUAACAAAUAAGUAAGUGGAUGGGGGUAAUGUUAACAAAUAUUUACUUGGGUGGGGGUAAUGUUAACAAAUAAAUAAGUGGAUGGGGGUAAUGUUAACAAAUAUUUACUUGGGUGGGGGUAAUGUUAACAAAUAAAUAAGUAGAUGGGGGUAAUGUUAACAAAUAAAUAAGUGGAUGGGGGUAAUGUUAACAAAUAUUUACUUGGGUGGGGUAAUGUUAACAAAUAGUUACUUGUGGGUAAUGUUACCAAAUAGUUACUUGGGGGUAAUGUUAACAAAUAGUUACUUGGGUGGGGUAAUGUUAACAAAUAGUUACUUUGGGGUGGUAAUGUUAACAAAUAGCUACUGGGCGGUGAUGUUAAUAAAAUAGCUUCGAGAUGUAUUGUUAACAAAUAGCCACUGGAUGUGAUGUUAACAAUUAGUCACUGGGUGUAAUGUUAACAAAUAGUUACAGGAUGUAUUGUUUACAAAUAGUAAAUAGAGGCAAUGUUACAAGAUCAGUACUGGAGGUACAGUUAACAGGUAGUUACUGGAGGUAAAUUUAACAAAUGGUGGAUGUAAUGCGCAUAUCUCUUACUGGAGGUAACGAUAACACAUAGUUGCUGCGGGAAGUGUUAACUAACAUAUACUGGAAGUAAUGUUAACAAAUAGUUGAUGUAUUGUUUAGAUCUCUUACUGAAUGUAAUGUUAACAAACUCUUACUGGAGAUAGUGUUAACGCAAUGUUACUGUGGUACUUUUAACAUGUACACUUACAUGAGUAAUUGUAAUAAAUAGUUUCUGGAGGCAAUGUUUAAAAAAAAUUUACAUGGAGUAAUUUUAACAUUACUAGAGGAAAAUGUAUAAAUGUUUUAUCGGAGGUAAUGUAAACUGUUUGGUAUCUUGGAAGAUGUUUAAAAAAAAUCGUUACUCUGGUUAGGAUAUUUUUUUAACUUAAUUUUUUUUUUUUUUUUUUUUUUUUUUAUUUAUUUUUUUUUUUUUUUUUUUUUUUUUUUUUUUUUUUUUUUGAAUUGAAUUUUUUUUGUUUGUAAAACAAACAUUAAAAUAUACUGUUGAUAGUUUGGAGUUCAGGGUUCUCACAUUCGGUAACGUAACGAGACCCACCACCACUUCAAGUAGUAGUGUUUUGUAAACGGCACUAGUGGGGAAAUAGAGACAAUGUAUUUUACAAUCUUAACUAAACCUGCAUCCAAAAGGUAGGUAGUCAACAGUGUCAUUACGUCAAAACAAGUAGUUAACUAACACAAUACAUGUUGUUGCUGUUGUUGUUUUCCCACAUAAAGUGAAUCGUUACCCCGCGUUAUAAGGUGCCCAGAAAUAUGUAUCAAGAUGCUAAUAUACAAAUGCAUCUAAUUUUGAAAGAGUGUACAUCAAUUAAAAACCCAUUUAUAAGUGGUAUUUGGAGUCUAAUGUUUUAACCGUGAUUAAUAAAUAUGUGUACUCUCUACUCCAAGACAGCUAUAUUUGACAGAAUUCAUUUGGAAUCUUUUAUAAAUGUUCAGUUCAAUGCGAACAAAACUACACACUGCUUAAUUUCAUAUGUAUAAGUUCUGUUGAGAGCGGCCAAGAUUUUAAGUUCAGUGCUAGCAAAACCACCGGCUGUUUCCAUAUGGACAAGUUCUGUUAAGAGCGGCAAAGAUUUUCAGUUCAGUGCUAACAAAAUCCCCCCCCCCCUCUCCCGCUGUUUCCUUCCCAUGGACAGGUUCUGUUGAGAGCGGCCAAGAGAAAUAACUUCCAGAUCGUCAAGAAGAUCAUGAUGUGCGGUGUCUUCCUGGAGGAGCCCCACGACUACUUCUGCGCAUGCACCGAGUGCACUGAUGGGAGACGGGAGGACUUCAAGGUCGGACGAUUAAGUUUUUGUGUGUGGUGAAACUGGAGACACAGGGAAGGGAGAUGAGUCUGGGGCCGGGGGGAGGCGCUAGUUUGCAUGGGAAGAAUUCGAUAUCCUAUGAGAUCAAAAGUAAUAAUUAUAAGUUUAGAAAUAGAUGCCCCCCCCCCUCAAAAACGUUUAUGUGGCGAGGUCUCUCCAACAGGUGUACACGACACGGAGACUGGACACCUUCACAGCCCUGGCCAGUCCGGCAUACAUUGCCCUGACGGCAGAAGACCCCAUUCUGUUCGCCUUUAAUCUCAGCAGGAAAUUUAGACGACUGGCUGAGAUUGAGGGGGAGUACAAGGUGAGUUGAGGGGGAGUACAAGGUGAGUUGAUGGGGAGUACAAGGUGAGUUGAUGGGGAGUACAAGGUAAGAGGAUGGGGAGUACAAGGUGAGUUGAUGGGGAAUGCAAUGUGAGUUAAGGGGAGUACAGGGUGAGAGGAUGGGGAGUACAAGGUGAGUUGAUGGGGAAUGCAAGGUGAGUUAAGGGGAGUACAAGGUGAGUUGAUGGGGAAUGCAAGGUGAGUUAAGGGGAGUACAAGGUGAGUUAAAGGGAGUACACGUUGAGUUGAUCGAGAGUACAAGGUGAGUUAAAGGGAGUACACGUUGAGUUGAUGGGGAGACAAGGUCAGUUGAUGUAGAGCACAAGUGGAGUUGAUGGAGAGCACAAGGUGAGUUCAUGGGGAGUACAAGGUGAGUUGAUGGGGAGUACAAGGUGAGUUGAUCGAGAGUACAAGGUGAGUUAAAGGGGGUACACGUUGAGUUCAUGGGGAGUACAAGGUCAGUUAAGGGGAGUAAACGGUGAGUUGAUGGGGAGUACAAGGUGAGUUGAUGUAGAGCACAAGGUGAGUUGAUGGGGAGUACAAGGUGAGUUUAUGGAGAGCACAAGGUGAGUUGAUGGGGAGUACAAGGUGAGUUGAUGGGGAGUACAAGGUGAGUUGAUGGAGAGUACAAGGUGAGUUGAUGGGGAGUACAAGGUGAGUUGAUGGGGAGUACAAGGUGAGUUGAUGGGGAGUACAAGGUGAGUUGAUGGAGAGCACACGGUGAGUUGAUAGGGAGUACAAGGUGAGUUGAUGGAGAGCACAAGGUGAGUUGAUGGGGAGUACAAGGUGAGUUGAUGGGGAGUACAAGGUGAGUUGAGGGGAGUACAAGGUGAGUUGAUGCGCAGUACAAGGUGAGUUGAUGCGCAGUACAAGGUGAGUAAAGGGGGGUAUAAGGUGAGUUGGUGGGGAGUACAAGUUGAGUUAAUGUGUACAACGUGGGCUCUGUGACAAAGGAUGUUCUCUCUUUCAAGGGGAGCUCCAAAUAUGAGGUCAUUACUGAGGCAAAACUAAUCUUAAGACAAAUGAUUAUGUUUGAGCUGACAUGUGGGGCAAAUGUCUCGCGCUGGCAAUGUAAUUUAAUCGCUAGGGGGUCUCUACGACAAAACAAAGACACGUGUUACUUGCCCCAAUCCAUUAGUGCUUAUGUCAAUAUCUAUCUCAUGUUGUGUUCUGGCAAUCAAAAUAAUAUGAAAUAGCGUGCCUGUUAUUUUGACUCGCAUCUUGCUGGUUAAUUUUUGUUGGUGUUUUUUUGUUUGUUUUUUUUUCUUUUUUGUUUUGCGAAAAAGCGACGUUAUGUCAUGGUGACCAGUCGAUACAGUUUUGGGUUUGAGGUUUCAAUCGCAUGGUCGUUGCGUGAUGACGCAAGCCUUGUCCGACCAUACUCUCUAGCAAAAUGGCGAUCAGCCCCUCAGAAGAAAAAAAAUUGCGUCUUGAUUCCUUGUUAGAGCAAGCUUGUGUUUCAAAGGGAUUUCAAAGUUUCCUUCAUUUGACUAGCAGGAACCCGUUUUUAAAGUAUCCGAAGGAUGCUGUAAACAAAAAAUCUCAUUGUCCUUUUUUUUUUUUUUGCUUGAUUUCCCGACAGCAAAUCUACCUGCAACUGGACACGCAGGUACAGAACUUCACGUUGGCGCUGCUGGACCAGUGUCAAAGUUCAGACGAGGUCAAGGCCAUCCUGAGCGGCAAGUCCAGGCCCAGGGACUUCUACGACGAUUCCGGCGGGGGAGGCGAUCCGGCGGAGACGUCGGAAAACAUGGACGGUCGAGGGGAUAUUCUGCCCCUGGUUUACACGGCGGUCAGGAUGGAGCAGAAGAAGGUUGGUUCGGGGUCAAGGUCAAUGUUGCACCGCGUUAAAAAAGGAUGUUCAGCACUGAGACCUGUUAAUUUUUUUUUUUUUUUAAAGUAAACUUUUAAACAAAAAUAAUUGUUGUUUUUUUUACAAGACAAGUUUAAAUAAGCGCACUAAAAAUAAAAAAAUAAUAUAAUCUUCUUAAUAUGCCUUAAAAUUCAAUACGCAAAGAAGCUCUAAGCAGACAGGUAGGAAGACAAUCAUAAAUAAUAAUAACGUAACCAAAUCUUUAGAUGUCUCUCGUUAUAACUACAGAGCCACUAAUCCUCUGCAGAGCCACUAAUCCUCUGUGGGAAAAAAAGUGGGUGGUGCAUUAACACCAUAUAAUAAUUAAUUACAUUUAAUUUAUACAUUUUACAAAUGUAUAAAUAUAUAUAUAUAAGUUUAAAAUGUUCCGACAUUUUUCUCAUUGGUAAAACGUUUGCGUGAUGUUUUUAAAUUUUAUUAUUAUUAUUAUUAUUAUUAUUAUUAUUAUUAUUAUUAUUAUUAUUAUUAUUAUUAUUAUUAUUAUUAUUAUUAUUAUUAUUAUUAUUAUUAUUAUUAUUAUUAUUAUUAUUAUUGUUAUUACUUUUUUGCUUUUUAGUACCAGAAAAAAAAAUACUGGGGAAGAGGGGGGGGGUCGAGAAAGGGCGCAAACCGUUUUCUAUGCCAACACUCCCACUAAUUGUACAUAAUAAUUUAAUCAGUUGUUUCACGUGUACACACCUGGUCGUUAUCAAAACAUUCGGCUGUAGUAGCAUCAUUACACUGCAGGUGGGUUUUUUUUUUGUUGGUUUUUUUUUUGUUGGUUUUUUUUUUGUUGUUGUUGUUGUUGUUGAAUACUCAUUAGGUCGGAGUGUUAAGUGACUUGCUGAGCACACGUCCCCAACCAAACGGUUGAAUUAAUGGGAUGCUAAUUUUUAGUGGGUUUUUUUUUUGUUGGUUUUUUUUUUGUUGGUUUUUUUUUUGUUGUUGUUGUUGUUGUUGAAUACUCAUGAGGUCGGAGUGUUAAGUGACUUGCUGAGCACACGUCCCCAACCAAACGGUUGAAUUAAUGGAAUGCUAAUUUUUUUUUUAACGCGGCUACCGCGUCUGCCCCGAUGAGGUCUGCCAAUAUCUGUUUGAGAUACCAACCGGUAGAGUGACCUUCCGUGAACCCAGCACAAUGCCGGACAGGGUAAUGGGAUCCAUGGAUGGGAUCCAAGGAUGGGACCCAGUCUGUUGGGUUCGAUACACGUGCCAAAAAAAUUAAACGGAAAGACGAAAAAAAAAAAGGAAAAAAAGCCAGAAGCCAUAAAAAACGCUGCUAUAAAAAUCAGUAUGGAGGGGAGUCCCCCAGGGGGGCCAUACCUUUCCCAUAAUGCAUGAGCGGCAUCCUGUCGAGUAGACCAGUGGGUAAAUAGAGCGAUCACGAUCCAAUAUAUGCCAUUAUACAUAACUGUGCCCUCCUCCUCCUCUCGGUGCUUUAUGAUAAUUGACUCCCCCCACCCUGUGGCGCCCCCCCCCCACACACACUCUCCCCACAACAACACACUUUAUUAUUAUUAUUUUGUGUCCACCUCACAGACAUUCAUCAAAGCAUUUGCCAGUUAACCGCUAGAUUUUCCCAGUAGAACAACAUACAGACAUUGAAAACGAAUUCAAAUUUAUAACGGUUGCCAAUAAACUUAUAAAUUACAUGGCGAGAUGAAUAAUAAUCAGACCAAAUAUGUAUGCAAUUAUUGUCCUCCAACAUCUGAGUACAAAAAGCAUAGCCCAAAAGUAGCAUUAAAUUCUAUUUAAUUCGCUGCCCUAAAUAGAUCUGACCCCAGCGAAUUCUCUCCCCCCCCCACAACCCCACAAACACAAUUUUGACCUUAUCAAUGCUUAUGGGACCACACUGUCGCACUUUUAUAACAUACGUAUGCGCUAAUAGCAACGGGCCGGACAAUGAAACCCGAAAGGCAAAUGUGCGGGGGGGGGGCGGACAUUUAAGUUAAUUAGAAUAUAUUAAUGAUAAUGGGGGGCUCCGAGUUGUUAUCAAGCAAAUGCCGGGCAGAACAUGUUCAUAUGCUGGCAUUUCUAACACUCAAUCAACAAGCGCGAUGCAUUUGAGCACGACUUGGGGGUGGGGGGGGAGGGGGCUGGGGUUAAUGGGCGCGUAUGAACGGGGUUGUACGCAUGGGUCUUUGCUAAGCUAGGACGGCGCGUUAUUCAGUUUCAUUUUAUUUUCACUUUGAAGACAUGUCGUUUCUCAUAAAACAUUAUGUCAGUUGUAUUCAAACCUCUCACCACUGAGGAAAAGUCUUUAAAAAAUUAUUUAUGCUAGAUUUUUUGUUUCUUUUUGUUUAUUCAUGUGAGGCAUUUUAUUGUUCUGUUUUGGGAUCUGUCAGUGGGAUUUCAAAACGUCUUUUAUUGCUUUAUUUUUCUUUAAACACUAAACUGAUAUUCCAUUCUCCCCUGCCGCCCCCCCCCCCCCCCCCCCCCCCUCCCUUCUCUUCCCCCCCCCCAGUGCCAGGCUCAGAUCGGAGAGAUGUGGUACAGCGGCGUGCCCUUCCUGAGGUACCUCAACAGGUUCACCUACCUCAUGCUGGCAAUACCGCUGGGCAUCAUCUGCUGCCCCAUCCUCUCGUUUAUUUAUCUGGUCUCCCCGUGGGCCAAGGUGAGUAGAAGUUGAUUGUUGGAUUGGUCGGGUUGACUCUGUGGGAAGGUGAGUAGACGUUGAUUGUUGGAUUGGUGGGUUUGACUUUGUGGGAAAGUGAGUAGACGUUGAUUGUUGGAUUGGUGGGGUUGACUUUGUGGGAAGGUGAGUAGACGUUGAUUGUUGGAUUGGUGGGGUUGACUCUGUGGGAAGGUGAGUAGACGUUGAUUGUUAGAUUGGUGGGGUUGACUUUGUGGGAAGGUGAGUAGACGUUGAUUGUUGGAUUGGUGGGGUUGACUCUGUGGGAAGGUGAGUAGACGUUGAUUGUUGGAUUGGUGGGGUUGACUUUGUGGAAGGUGAGUAGACGUUGAUUGUUGGAUUGGUGGGGUUGACUUUGUGGGAAGGUGAGUAGACGUUGAUUGUUGGAUUGGUGGGGUUGACUUUGUGGGAAGGUGAGUAGACGGUUAUUACAGGUUUGGUGGGGUUGACUCUGUGAGAAGGUGAGUAGACGGUGAUUGUUGGAUUGGUAGGGUUGACUAUGUGGGCCAAGGUGAGUAGACAGUGAUUGUUGCAGUGGUAGGGUUGACUCUUUGCGACAGUUCAUUUUGAGAAAAAUCACAAAACUGCCCCGAUCUUUUUUUAUCUACUUUUUAAGUCGCACACAAUAUUGUCUGUCAUUUCAUAUUGACCUGAUACAUCUGAUGACACAUUCAUUUUUCUAAAUAUCGACAACAGAAAUGGGUCAUGUUGGGUUCAUUGAUAUAAAACGAAUGCAGAGACAGUGAGGGCUUUUUGAAGGUUUAAGCUUCAUGUGGAUGUUGUUCAUUUUGCAGGAGGCAAAAAUCUUACUCAAAUUUUACUUCUUGACUUGGCCAAUAGAACUACACUGCACUUCACAUUCUUCUUUACUCCACACGUAAACAGCAUUUCACACGUACACUACACUCCACAAGUGCACUACACUUCACAAGUGCACUACACUUCACAAGUGCACUACACUCCACAAGUACACUGCACUCCACUCCACAAGUACACUGCACUCCACAAGUACACUGCACUCCACAAGUACACUGCACUCCACAAGUACACUGCACUCCACAAGUACACUGCACUCCACAAGUACACUACACUCCACAAGUACACUGCACUUUCCUGUGUAAUUUACUUCGUAGCAGCACGUAUUUAGUGUUACUGUAAAUUUGGCCCUUGUAUGACUUCAUAACUAGUCUCUCACACAGACUCUUUAGAACAUUGCCUGUAUCCUUGUAUUCCCUCUAAAUCAACGUGUGUUCAAAUCCCCCUCUCUAGGUGUCCCGCAUUGUCAACACACCUCUGAUGAAGUUCCUCUCGUACACCUGCUCGUACCUCACCUUCCUCAUCCUCAUCAUUGUGGCCAAGCUCUACUUCCGCCACUACAUAGACAGCUUCACCUGCGACUCACCUGAGACGUUCGCCUACGUCAUCAUGCUCAUCAUUUUCAUGUGGAUAUCAGGUUGUGCCCCUAAAGCUAUCUACUCUAAACCUAUCUACUCUAAAGCUAUAUUCCCUAAAGCUAUCUACCCUAAACCUAUCUACCCUAAAGUUUUAUUCCCUAAAGCUAUCUACCCUAAAGCUAUCUACUCUAAAGAUAUCUACCCUAAAGCUAUCAACCCUAAAGUUAUAUUCCCUAAAGCUAUCUACCCUAAAGCUAUCUACCCUAAAGCUAUCUACUCUAAAGCUAUAUUCCCUAAAGAUAUCUAUCCUAACCCUAUCUAACUUAACCCUAUCUAACCUAACACUAUCUUAUCUUACCCUAAAUGCCCUUACCUUAUUUACCUUAACGCUAUCGAACCUAGCCCUAUCGACCCUAACCUUAUCUACCCUAACGUUAACUACUCUAAAUCUAUCUAGCAUAGCACUGCCUAACCUAACCCUAUCUAACCUAACCUUACCUUCCCUAACCCCAUCUAACCUAAGCCUAUCUAACCUUACCCUAUCUAGCCUAAGCCUAUCUAACCUUACCCUAUCUAACCUAACCCUACGUUAUCUACCUUAACACUAACUGCUCUAACCCUAUCUAACCUACCUAGUCUACCUAACACUACCUAACCUUACGUUGCCUCUAUGUCCUAUUAUUACGAUUGUCACUGAAAAUCUUGUGUCAAUAUCUGCAACGCAACAUAACCUGACAAAACGGAUAAGAAGGCAAUCAAAACGCUGUAUAUUCAAACUAUAACCUAUACUUGCAAAAGCAAAUUAUCAUUAGCUAUAAGUUGUUAAAAAAUGACAUGGGGGGUCUUUUCUUUGGUUAGAUUUACAAACAGUUUAUUUUUUUACCAUUUGCACCCUAACCCUAACCCUAACCUUAACCUUAACCCUAACGGACCCUAAAGUUAAAUAACUACAUGUUUGAUUCGGUGUAAACAAAAAACAAAAAAAUUAACUCCUGCACUAAAUUAAACAUAGCUUUGAGUUACAUUUUUAGGCCAGUAAAAUGUGAUUUUAUUUAAAAUGAACAAAUUUUUUUUUAAACAAAUCUAUUCGAAAUCCAGUUGUUGGUUUUUUUUUUUUUUUUGUUAAUUUCUCAACCGUUUUGCUCCAAGGUCUGAUUUUUGAAGAAUGUAAACAAAUCUUUUCCGCUGGUGCAAGAGAUUACUUCGCCUCGUUUUGGAACAUCAUCGACAGCGCCAUUUUUUUUUUUUUUUUUUUUUUUGUUAAUUUCUCAACCGUUGUGCUCCAAGGUCUGAUAUUUGAAGAAUGUAAACAAAUCUUUUCCGCUGGUGCAAGAGAUUACUUCGCCUCGUUUUGGAACAUCAUCGACAGCGCCAUGCUGAGCCUUCUGCUGGCGUCUUUCGUGCUGGAACUUGUCACGCCGAUGAGGCUGUAUGAGGUAAGCUGAUACCAACCUCAAAGAUCCUGUCACGCCGAUGAGGCUGUACAAGGUAAGCUGAUACCAACCUCAAAGAACUUGUAAGCCGAUAAAGUUGUACAAGGUAAGCUGAUACAUCCUCAAAUAUCCUGUCGCGCCGCUGAGGCUGUAUGAUGUGGGCUGAAUCCAACCUCAAAGAACUCGUCACUUCAAUGAGUUUGUAUGAGUUAAGAUUAUACCAUCCUCAAAGAACUCGUCACUCCAAUGAGUUUGUAUGAGUUAAGAUUAUACCAUCCUCAAAGAACUCGUCACUCCAAUGAGUUUGUAUGAGUUAAGAUUAUACCAUCCUCAAAGAACUCGUCCCGCCGAUGAGGUUCUAUAUGAUAACAAGAUCCCUAACUCCCUAUAACGUAUCAAUAACCCUCCAACACCAUGAAAAAAAAGCCUUUCAAUUAUGACCUUGACCCCCACAGAUCGCGUGGGACGAGAGUGAGCCAAUGACAUCCACUCUGACACCAACCCAUAUGCCGACGCUGUUCUACCAACCCGGAAACGACUCCAGCGUCCUUGACUUUCACAUCCCGGCCCCGGCCGUCUCGGAUCAGUCGCACACGUCAUCCAUCUGCGAGCAGACGAGGAGGGCGGCCGCCAUCGCCAACGCUGAUUUCUGUGAGGAGUUCUCCGGCAACCUGCAAGGUACGCGAGAUCUCAUUCAGCGUCGUAUCCACUGGCUAUUCGGUGUGUGGUUUAGGGGGGGGGGGGCUCUCAAUGUUUCUCCUUUUACCCCUGCAUAAAACUAAAUCAUAUUUGAGUGGCUCCACUACUGGUUAUAGAAAGGUUGUUGCCCGAGGGUAAAUAGACGUCUGGAAUAUUUGGGGUUAGGGUUAGGGUUUAGGGUUAGGGUUNCCCGGCCCCGGCCGUCUCGGAUCAGUCGCACACGUCAUCCAUCUGCGAGCAGACGAGGAGGGCGGCCGCCAUCGCCAACGCUGAUUUCUGUGAGGAGUUCUCCGGCAACCUGCAAGGUACGCGAGAUCUCAUUCAGCGUCGUAUCCACUGGCUAUUCGGUGUGUGGUUUAGGGGGGGGGGCUCUCAAUGUUUCUCCUUUUACCGCUGCAUAAAACUAAAUCAUAUUUGAGUGGCUCCACUACUGGUUAUAGAAAGGUUGUUUCACGAGGGUAAAUAGACGUCUGGAAUAUUUUGGGUUAUGGUUAGGGUUUAGGGUUAGAGUUAGGUUUAGCUUUAGGGUUAGGGUUUAGGGUUAGGGUUUAGGGUUAGGGUUUAGGGUUAGGGUUUAGGGUUAGGGUUUAGGGUUAGGGUUAGGUUAGGGUUACGGUAAGUGUUAGAGUUAGCGUAAGGGUUAGAUUUAAGGUCAAAAAUGGUCUGCCAAUUCUUAAAUUUUAAAUUUUUUAAAAUAUCCUACAACAAAAAAAAAAAAACAGGGCGAAUGAAUUGUCUUGAUCAGUGGUCCGGAACCUUUCUAAUGCUGCGAUCCUUUAAUUCGAUUCCUCCAUCCAAUAAAAUUGUUUUCGUUGCCACUUUAUAAAUAUGUGUUUAAGGGUCGUUGGACCAUCGGUCGAGACUCACAGGUUGAGAACCACUGGUCUAAAUGAACUACACCUAAAAUAUUGUUAUUUAGACUUAAUAAGGGAAAACAAUCUAUAUUUUUAUGAAUAAAAUCAAGAAAAAAUAAAUAAUAAAAUGAUGAAAAUGCCACCAAGAAAAUGUGCGCAAUGCAGAAAACGCGGGAAAAAACUUACUUAAGAAUAUGUGCGCAAUGUUGCAAACUCUUAACUUCUCCUCCCCCCCCCCCCCAACCAGUCGUAUGGGAACCAUCCUGGGUACCUGAUCCCGAACUGCUCUCCGACGUCUUGUUCAGUCUCGGGAUGAUCUUCAGUGUCAGCAGGUUCUCCUUCAUCAUGCCAGCCAACGAGGCACUGGGCACUAUGCUGGUGUCUUUCAGGUACGUCGUUACAGCAGGUUCUCUUCAUCAUGCCAGCCAACGAGGCACUGGGCACCAUGCUGGUGUCUUUCAGGUACGUCGUUGCAGCAGGUUCUCCUCCACCAUGCCAGCCAACGAGGCACUGGGCACCAUGCUGGUGUCUUUCAGGUACGUCGUUGCAGCAGAUUCUCCUUCACCAUGCCAGCCAACGAGGCACUGGGCACCAUGCUGGUGUCUUUCAGGUACGUCGUUGCAGCAGGUUCUCCUUCACCAUGCCAGCCAACGAGGCACUGGGCACCAUGCUGGUGUCUUUCAGGUACGUCGUUGCAGAAGGUUCUCCGUCAUCAUGCCAGUCAACGAGGCACUGGGCACCAUGCUGGUGUCUUUCAGGUACGGCGUUAGUUUCUCUUCAGUACUGUGUUGGUAACUGACAGACGGAUCUCUUUCAACUGGAAACCGAAAAAAGCUCCAGAGUCAGACCAAAAUAUUUAAUGGUGACGCAUCCCAUGUUGAUAUGGCUGCAUUAUGGCUGGAAAUAGGUUUUAAGCAAACCAACACCCAGGAAUAUGCAAUGUGUCUUAACUCGGGUUUUGUAUCACUUGUAGGGGUUCUCUCUCUCUCUCUCUCUCUCUCUCUCUCUCUCUCUCUCUCUCUCUCUCUCCCUCUCUCUCUCUCUCUCUCUCUCUCUUAACGUGUUUCUUAUAAGAUGGGAAAAAUAAGUUUGUGUAACACCCAGGAAUAUGCAAUGUGUCUUAUCUCGGGUUUUGUAUCUCUUGUAUGGGUUCUCUCUCUCUCUCUCUCUCUCUCUCUCUCUCUCUCUCUCUCUCUCUCUCCCUCUCGCUCUCUCUCUCUCUCUCUCUUAACGUGUUGCUUAUAAGAUGGGAAAACUAAGUUAGUGUUAUUAAACUUGGGAUUAAGGAUAUCUGUUCGACUCCAGCAGGAAAAAAUCUAUUUUCUUUGGAUUUUUACGGCUAGUGUGCGUGGCAUGUAGACUAUGCACAUGUUAAAAUUAUUAUCUGUUUUUUUCUACUUAUUAUACCAUAAAAACCGAGUAUUUUCUUAUAUAGAAAGAGAUGUAGUAAUAACUUACCGGUUACUGUUCUAAUGAACCAUUCUCAAAAUAAUGAAUCUAUGAUGAUAAGAUUCGUAUACGCGACUGAAGAGAUCCUCUAUUUCAGACGCACUGUUGUGGACAUCGCUAAAAUCUUCGGGAUGUUCGUCUUGGUCCUGAUGGCGUUCACCUGUGGCAUGGCGGCACUGUACUCACCCAGCAGAUGUCAGAGCGAGCAUUUCGACAGGUGGGUGUGCAGGUCGUAGCGCCAUCUUUCUGGCAUUCUAGUGACGAGGGCCAGGGUGUCGUAUGAUGGAGUCAAGUUUUCUCUCUUAAAUGAACAAAAUUUGUUUCAUCUUAAUUUCUUGUAUGAACAAACUAAUUUUUAGUACUUUUGUGCAUCUCCCCAACCCUCACCUUCCCCCACUGCAUCUCCCCACCCACUCUUCUCCACUUCACCUUCCCCAUCUCCCUCCUUCCACCUCACCAUUCCACCUCCCCCCAUUCCACCUCCCCCCACUCCACCUCCCCCACCCCAUCUCCCUCACCAACCAACCCACCAACAUCUUCGCCCUUCUAACCCGUAGACCAAAGCAUUGCUGAUACUGACCACAUGUCACCUUCCCCCAGUUUCACCACAACGCUGUCAACGUUGACCUGGAGCGUGUUCGGCCUGGGUGACGUCAGAGCACCAGAACUCAAAGACUCCGAGGUGAAGGUGUCGUCCCUCACCAACAACCCUGACAGGUAAUCACCGAGGUUUUGCAAUGACCAGAAAGGUCUGUCCGCGCCUGCAUCAUCACUCAGCAUCCAAUCUCUUCACUUUUAUGUUAUGACAAUACACCGACUCUCAGAUUCAGUUAUAAUGUAAUGCUAAAUUUUUUUUUUAUGAAAUCACACAUUAGUUAAUGGGGUUUGUUAUUUAAAGGCGGAAAUCUAUUUAUAAAACAACGGCGGGAGUGGGGUUGGGGGGGGGUGGGAUUAAGUCUAGGCAAUCUAAAUUAAGAUUUUAAUAAAAAAACAUUCUGGUAUUUUGCUUGGCCAAUUUCUCAACAGCUAUUUGAUACUUCUAAGUCAAUGUCAGACAGCGUAGUGGGUCUUGGCCUAGACGAAAACGGGUUACAACUUUAUUUUACGAGCGAUUUUACAAACAAACUGUUAAUGCUAUCGAUAUCAUUGGAUAUAUAUAUAUAUAUAUAUAUAUAUAUGUGCGGAAAUACAUUGUUAGACGCUAUGUUUUACGAAAACAUUGUCUAAAAAUAGUAACAUUGCGCCAUGCGAUGUGACGUGUUCCGGUCUUAGGAAUGACAAACAUCCUACUGGAUAAAGCCAUUGAACGUCGUUUUCUUUUUCACAGCCGAAAUAUUCCGGUGUGUUUUUGGGUUUUUCAUUUUUUUAAAUCCUUAUUUCCCUUAGUUGACACAUAUCACUGAUACCAAGAAAUGCUGCCAGUCUCAUCCAAAUUGUCUCUCGUGCUAACCUUCCAGGUCCCUGGGGGCAGCUACUGUAGGCUUUUAUCUGUACGGCAUUUACGUGUUUUGCACCACGGUGGUGCUCCUCAACCUCCUGAUCGCCGUCAUGUCCAACACAUUCCAGGAAGUGCAGGUGAGUACACCAGAAAUAGAAUUCCAGGAAGGGCAGGUUUAUAAACCACGGGUGAGGAAUGCUGAGCGAAAAACCACCAACUUGUUAUUAAUAAAACACACUGAAAUAAUUGCAGGCAUUCGUAGAUUGCUACCAUGGCCCACAAUUCGAUUAAUCUCUGUGAACAUACAAGUUUAUAGGUGAAGAGCUUCGUCCCCAAGGAAGGAGAUCCUUCAUGAGUUGUUCUUUUUUUUUUCCCUGAAUCUAAAAAUGAUUACAUGGUACAUCAUUUUUUUUAAUGAAUGUUACAUUUUUAUACAUUUCAUGUGUACUACAAGAUAUUUUGGACUUAAUGCCAUGCACUUUUAUAACCUGUAGUUUUUUGCAUACAUAUAUACAUAUAAUAAUUUUUGCUUUGUUUUUUUUUAAAUUAUGUAAAUGGUAAUUUUCUUUGAAAAUAUUUUGUAUUUACAAUUUUAAUUUCUGGUAAUAAUAUUCUGGACGUAAUCUGAAGUUUAUUUUUUUUUUUAAUGGUCGUUAUAGCCAAUACAGAAGUGAUAAUAAUUUUUAGCCUUGCACUGUAGCUGCAGGCCUAGGCAACGAGACUGGCCACUAGAUUGGAACAAGGCGCUCUGAAUUUCCUUGUGUUGUUCCAGGACGAGAGAGACGUCGAGUGGAAGUUCGCCCGCACAGAGCUCUGGUUGGCGUUCAUAGAACCAGGGACGCCGGUGCCGCCACCUUUUAACAUCGUGCCCAGUCCGAGGCUCGCGUGGAAGCUGGUCAUGUGGCUGUGCAGACGAUCGAAGUUCAGACACCUGCUGGCGCACGAGGGCAAGAAAGUCCGUUAUGUGGCCGUGCAGGUGAAGAUCUCAGAUCGGUGGUCAAGACCUUGGGGAGCAUAAAGAGCAAGAUUAUCGUGUGUCAUAUGUCUUUUAUAGAAUCUAAAAACGAAUAGGUCAUAUCUUCUCAUAGGGAUCUUUUGUGAUUACUCUCAAACCAAUGGGGAUCCUAGUGCUAAGUCUCCAACCAAUGUAGAGCUCUGUGCUUACUCUCAAACCAAUGAUUAUCUUCUUGCUUACUCUCAAACUCAUUGGGGGGGGGGGGGUCUCUUUGCUUACUCGCAAACCAAAGGGGAUCUUUGUGCUAACUUUCAAACUAUUGAAACUUUAGGUGGCAGGGGCGAUAAUUUAAGGAAUAUAUGUGACAUUUUGUUAAAUCAGGCGAAAUGCCAAACUGGAUUGGAUUCUUCCAAAAAAUAUGCAAAGAUUAUUUUUUUACCACCCAAUGACUUUGAGGUGACUGCGUAUAAAAAUUUGAAAUAGAGGCAGAGGUGAAUAAAAAGAAGAAAAGUUAGGCUGAACUAGCAAAAGAUAGCCCUGGGACAGUGACAGAUAGAACGUUUAGACUCAAUUAGGGAGUGAGAAAUGCUAAGAACAAGAAGAAGAUAUAUUCAAACUCAUUGUUUGGAGGGACAAAAAAAAAUAUCCAUUCAAUUCAAGUCACUGCAAAAUGUUCGAAGUAUACAUCUUUAUUACACUUUGCAUUCUUUGAGUUAUAGAAAAGAAAGGCAAGAAAAGUGGCGAAGUCUGCUUGUGGGCUUCAAGGAUUUCAUUAUCAGAAAACAAUUACUUAUUUUAGAAAACUGUAAAAACGUGACGUUUUUCGGUUGAGAUUUUUUUAAUUUGGACUUUUUUUUUUACCCCAACAAAAAUUGAUGUUCUAUCCAUCGGGGGGGGGGGGGCGUUUCUUGUGUCUGGCGCUACUCUAGUGUACUAAUGAUUCCUUUUUUUUUUUUAAAGACUUUUCACUCUUAUAACUCUUUUAUUUCGGUUAUUAAUAUGCUUUACACUUUUUAUUUAACCCCAUUUAUUACAUCAAAAACCUGCAUCUAGGAAUGAAUUAUAAUUGUAUUUUAGCAUGUAUAUUUUAUUUGUUUAUUUAAUCAUCUAAUUUUAACUGAAACCAUUUUAUUUUCAUUUCUUUCCCAAAUCAACUUACCUCCCAUGUUUGACUUGUAUAUGUUAUAUGACUAUAAUUUACCUCCACCCCCACCCCAUGUUUGACUUGUAUAUGACUAUAACUCCCCCUCCUGCAUGUUCACCCACCCGGCAACCCCCUUCACUUUGCACUACCGGUACCAUCAUUAAGACGGGAAGCAACUUCGAGCUCCAGGACAUGGAGGAAGCCAAGAGUGAGUCUUCCAUCGAAGGUCGUCAUACGAGGAACGUGAGUACAUGUCACAUUGGUCGUUUUGUUCAUGUGAUGCAGACAGCGGUCUUUUGGCUUGGUAAUAGGUGGCAACAUUCUUCCCUUAAUAUAUAGAGUCUCCAAGGGUUGUUUGUUUUUUUUUUUUUAAUCAUGUCUAGAAAAUGGAAAAUAUGUGGGUAUCAGAAACUAAAUGUUGGUAUCAGAAACUAAAUUUUUGUUUUCAGAAACUAAAUUUUUGUUUUCAGAAACUAAAUUUUGGGUAUCAGAAACUAAAUUUUGGGUAUCAGAAACUACAUUUUUGAUAUCAGAAACUAAAUUUUUAGUAUCAGAAACUUAAUUUUUGCUAUCAGAAACUAAAUUUGAGCUUAAACAACUACAAAAAAAAUCAUUCUUUCCCUGAUUAAAUUUUCAUGCUAAAAAAAAGAUGGGCUUCUUUUAAAUCACAUAACAGACUGCCUAAAGUUACGUUCAAGAGUAUGCAAGAGUUUGUCUGGAUAUACUAGCUCUAUUGCAUUAUCCCCCACCCCCAUACACCCCCACUUUUUUUCCAAUACCACCUAAGGCGCUGAGCUUAUCUUAACUUAUCAACGCCCAUUUAUCAUUUUUGUCCACCACCAUUCCCCACCCCAUUCCAAAUCACCCCCCCCCCCAAUUUUAGAUCACCCCCCAUUCCAAAUCACCCCCCAUUUCAAAUCACCCCCAUUGCAAAUCACCCCCAUCUGCUCAGUACAUUNGGGGGGGGGGGGGGGCUUCGGAUCACUGUUAAAAUUAAUUUUCUCAAAUAUCAUAUUGUUAUUUAUCAACUUAACUUGUCACUCUCCUUACCUUAAAUGGGCGUAGUUUACUGUGAUACAGUAUUCACCCAACUUGGCAGAUCAGUCUACGGUGACGCUCCUGGUAGUAUGGUUUAUGGAUCCGCCUUUGUCUAAUUCAAAAUAUUCAAAUCUAUAUUAUAUGUACAUUUUGCUUUAUUUCAGAACUGAAUUACCUGUUUAAUUUACUCCUUAGAUUUUUUUUUUUAUUUGACCUUUGACAUAUUUUCUUAUCUACUCUCUACUGCUAACCCCGUAUGGCUUACACUACUUUGUUUCCAUUGAGUUGGUUUUCUAAAUGUAUAUAAUUCUGUUUCGGACCUUAAUAUUUUAACACAAAAUGGCUGCAUAUCGUGGAUUAAUGUACAGCAAGGUAUGUGGAAGCUUGAAUCGAAAGUCAUAACAAUAAAGGAAGAACUUUUCGGCUUAGAGACUUCCUCAGCAGACGGGACGCAUGAAAAACAAGAAAUAGAAACUAGUACGAAAAACGUAAGCGUUCGCCAUUGUUAUGACCGGAAGUUAUUUCAUUUAUUUAUUCUUCUUGUGGUAUCCUUAAUUCGUGGAUAAUAUGUCAAUCCACAAUCCCUUAUUUUUCGCCGCCAAUUAACGCAGUAUGUUUAAAUCUCCGAUUGCGUCCAUCCACUGCGCUUACUUGGAAUAGAAGUUAUAGAGGAGUUUAGAAUCCCAUUUUGGGAGUGUAAAGUCAAUGAAGGUGCUGGAGUUAAAGCAGAUGAUUUGUCUUGCAGGAUGUCAUGUGCCUUCUCGUGCGACGUUACGUCAGACAAGUCGAACGCGUGAAGAUUGAAGGAGAGGAUGGGGAGAAAAGUAAGUGUCCAGUUUGAUCAGUUGUGUCCAGGUCAUUUUAAGAUGACAUCGGAACCUCGUGCUAGUUGGCUUUUUCUCUUUUUUUUUCCUUUGAAAUACUGUUUCUGAUUGUUGGCAAAUAUCCUCAGUGUACUUCAAAAUAUGCUCGUCAGCUGAUGUCCUUUCGGCGCCACUUUCCAGCUUAUAACGUAGAAUCUAAAUGUGCUGUAUCUGUAUCUAUAGCACGAUGUGGUUUUUAAAAAAAAGUUGGAUAAAUAACAAAAAAUUAUAAAAUAAAUGGAAUUUGAAAGUGAAUAUACAACUUCCCAAAAUAACCAGUUUCAAAUCCUUUAAUAACUCUAUAAUCUAGAACAUUGUAAAUCCCUAGUCCACAAUGUCUUCAGGACAUAAAUGAGCAGGGCAGAGUUAAUCCCUAGUCCACAAUGUCUUCAGGACAUAAAUGAGCAGGGCAGAGUUAAUCCCUAGUCCACAAUGUCUUCAGGACAUAAAUGAGCAGGGCAGAGUUAAUCCCUAGUCCACAAUGUCUUCAGGACAUAAAUGAGCAGGGCAGAGUUAAUCCCUAGUCCACAAUNUAACGAGGUUCUUCUCCGCUAGCGUCAAAUUUUAACGAGGUUCUUCUCCGCUAGCGUCAAAUUUUAACGAGGUUCUUCUCCGCUAGCGUCAAAUUUUAACGAGGUUCUUCUCCGCUAGCGUCAAAUUUUAACGAGGUUCUUCUCCGCUAGCGUCAAAUUUUAACGAGGUUCUUCUCCGCUAGCGUCAAAUUUUAACGAGGUUCUUCUCCGCUAGCGUCAAAUUUUAACGAGGUUCUUCUCCGCUAGCGUCAAAUUUUAACGAGGUUCUUCUCCGCUAGCGUCAAAUUUUAACGAGGUUCUUCUCCGCUAGCGUCAAAUUUUAACGAGGUUCUUCUCCGCUAGCGUCAAAUUUUAACGAGGUUCUUCUCCGCUAGCGUCAAAUUUUAACGAGGUUCUUCUCCGCUAGCGUCAAAUUUUAACGAGGUUCUUCUCCGCUAGCGUCAAAUUUUAACGAGGUUCUUCUCCGCUAGCGUCAAAUUUUAACGAGGUUCUUCUCCGCUAGCGUCAAAUUUUAACGAGGUUCUUCUCCGCUAGCGUCAAAUUUUAACGAGGUUCUUCUCCGCUAGCGUCAAAUUUUAACGAGGUUCUUCUCCGCUAGCGUCAAAUUUUAACGAGGUUCUUCUCCGCUAGCGUCAAAUUUUAACGAGGUUCUUCUCCGCUAGCGUCAAAUUUUAACGAGGUUCUUCUCCGCUAGCGUCAAAUUUUAACGAGGUUCUUCUCCGCUAGCGUCAAAUUUUAACGAGGUUCUUCUCCGCUAGCGUCAAAUUUUAACGAGGUUCUUCUCCGCUAGCGUCAAAUUUUAACGAGGUUCUUCUCCGCUAGCGUCAAAUUUUAACGAGGUUCUUCUCCGCUAGCGUCAAAUUUUAACGAGGUUCUUCUCCGCUAGCGUCAAAUUUUAACGAGGUUCUUCUCCGCUAGCGUCAAAUUUUAACGAGGUUCUUCUCCACCAGCGUCCAGCGAUGAAAUGAUGAGGCGGCAAAUUGAGAGGUUGGGGGCAAAGGUCGAGAAGAGGCUCGACGACCUCCAGAGCAAGCUCAGUCGGAUCGAGAGGGAGAUGGACGUGGUCAAGGUGGACGGCAGCAAGACCCAGACCCUACAACAAGAGCAUCUCAGCCGAUUCGUGGAGUAUUCGGAGAGGAAGACAUCAGUGGUGAGUUGAGUUCAGGGGUGAUCGCGGUUGGCCGGUGUAUCUGUGCUACUUCUUUGGCAGAGAUAGAUUGUUCAUAUUUGAGCUACCUUUUGGCAGAGACAGUAGGUUCAUCUAUGUGCUACUUCUUUGGCAGAGAUAUAAUGCUGAUAUUUUUGCCAUAUCGUUAGCAGAGAUAGAAUUACCUCAGAUGAAGUGUUGCUGGUUGAGAGGCAGACCAGCCUAGCAGUACGAUUAAUUUCAUCUAUUCAAUGGCUCUCUUAUCCUUCCUCAGACUGACAAGUACGCACACUUCCUGGACGAGGCCAAGCUGCAGAUUCUGUCUAGGAUGGACUCGGAGAGAAUACAGAUGGAGAGGGUGCUGGAGCAUCGGGUGGGGACCCUUGCCAGGAAGCUGGAUGAGAGCACGCGCCUGCUGUCCCAGCAAGUGGACAAGCUGCAGGGUCUCAAAGGUCCAGGGUCGGCUCCUCAAUCUCCAUCAAGGAUGAAAUAG